AUGGGACUGCUAACCCAUCGCUUCCGGUUCGUCGUGGCGUUCGGAUGCUUCUUAUGUCUUACUUCUAUAAACUCCAAUUAUAUCACCAUGAAUUUCACGUUUAUUUGUAUGGAAAGUGAUAUGGAGGGAGCGAUAGCUGAUGAAAAUGGGACACUACACAGCCGCUUCAAAUACACGCCCAGCGACAAGAAUUUUAUAGUAUGGGCCGUGGCUGCCGGGACGAUACUUGGCACUUUUCCAAUCAAUUGGGCUUAUAUAAAUUAUGGAGCGAGAAUACCAUUUUUCAUCGCCGGUACCCUAUCUGUAAUCGCUACCGCCAUGAUCCCACUGGCUGCCAGUGCUUCUUUCUAUUUUCUGCUGCUAUUGCGGUUUGUUCAGGGCCUCGCGUACUCGGCCGACUUCGCUGCUAUCGGCUUGGUUACGGUGCGAUGGGCACCGCUUGCGGAAACCGGUGUUUUUAUCGCGGCUAUGACUUCAUUUACGCCCGUUUCAACCACAGUCACUAAUCCGAUUGCUGGAUGGAUCUGCGAUUCUUCUCUCGGAUGGCGGUGGGCCUUCUACUCGCAUGCUUUUGUGUGCGCGAUAUUCUUUAUUGCCUGGAUCUUCUACUACACCGACAACCCGGCCACCCACAAAGCCGUCGACACCGAGGAGCUCAAAAAGAUCCAGAAAGACAAAACUCAAGCCCAUUUGGAUGGCGAUAGUUACGUCCCGUACUGGUCCAUCUGCCAGAACCGCACCAUCAUGGUGGUGUGGUUCAAUUCUUUCGCCGAAAUGACCACCGUCACCCUGCUCCUCACCUACAUGCCGCUUUAUUUUCAUAAAGUCCUCGGCUUCGACGUUGUGACCACCGGAAUCUUGGCCGCAGUCACUUCAUUUAUGCAUGCUCCUCUCAAAUACCUUUCCGGUUACUGCAGCGACAAGAUUACCUCGAUCCCCGAACGCCUCAAAAUGCAAUUCUGCAACUUCAUCGCCGUCGGCUUUGCCGGUAUCUGCUGCAUUGUAAUUGGCAUUGUCAAGACGAGCGGUGGUGGAGUGGUGGCUGUGUGUUUCUUCGCCGGUGUCUACCUAGCUAUGGCCGCAAAUUGCGGUGGAUUUUACAAGUGUGGCACCUUGGUGUCUAGGCAAUACGCCCAUUUCGUACUCGCAACAAUCCAAUUUAUGAAGUGUGUAGCGUUGGUCGCCGCUCCGGCUAGUUGGGCAAUUUUUGUGAGGAAUGAGAGUGAUGCUACUGAGUGGUCGUACGUCUUCUACUUGAACGGGGCUGUAUUAAUCCUUGCCAACAUCAUGUUCGUCUUCGUCUGCACCGAUCAACCGGCCGAUUUCACCUACAUUACGAGAGACAAUCCGGAGGGCAAGCAUCGUGUAGCGCCAGCAAAACUUGCGAACGGACAAGCGGAUCAGAAGACGUCGGAAAGCGCGCUCACCGCCGAAAAACUGAAAGUUGAUGAAGAGCCAGAAUCGCAGAAGGAAUCUCAAAAAGCA